CACCUUCAAUCGUCCGAUGCGUCUAGAUGUCUCGCUUGAAGAUAUGUAGCGGUGGAAGCAUUGUGUGUUCCCGGUCGUGGGUUUAUAAAUGGCUCGGGCUACCCAUAUCAUAAAUAUCGGUUGUGUCUUCGACUCUUCUCGUCAAGGCACCGUCCCAUGUUACUACGGAGCAAUAUGUACUCCACACUACGGUCUGCCUUCAAUUGGCUUCUAGCUACCGCCCCUAUCUUUACACAGGGCGCUUCCCUCCAAAAAGUCACAUCUGACUUUGGGCCAAACCCAAGGAAUGUCGGUUUCUACAUUUAUGUUCCAGACAAAUUGGCUGCUAGACCGCCGGUUCUCGUCAAUCCUCACUGGUGCCACGGCGACGCGCAAGCUUGCUACUCCGGGUCUCAGUAUUCGACUCUAGCUAGCAAGUACGGGUUCAUUGUCAUCUAUCCUGAUAGCCCAAAUACGGCCGAUAAGUGCUGGGAUGUGUCUUCUAACGAGACUUUAACACACGAUGCUGGAGGCGACAGCUUGGGUAUUGCUAGCAUGGUGCGAUGGACGCUCGACAAGUAUAACGGCGAUCCGAAUCGUGUGUUUGUUACUGGUAUUUCCUCUGGGGCUAUGAUGACCAGUGUGUUACUCGGAGCAUAUCCCGAUAUUUUUGCUGCGGGAUCUGCAUUUGCCGGCGUGCCGUACGGAUGUUUUGCCGGGAACGGCUUUGGUGUUUGGAGCGAUGCUUGCGCUACAGGGAAGGUCAAGAAAACUGGCACUGAAUGGGCCGCAUUAGUUAAAGCAGGGUAUCCAGGUUAUACUAGGUGGCGGCCCAGAGUUCAGAUCUUCCACGGAACGAGCGACGAGGUGCUCAAUUAUACAAAUUUCGAAGAGGAGAUCAAAGAAUGGACUACGGUGUUUGGGUUUAAUGAAACACCCACGAGCACAACGCCUAAUACUCCUAUCAGGGGAUGGACGAAGUAUGUAUACGGUAGCAAUGAUUGGCUCGAGGCAUACAGCGCUGCAGGAGUUUCACAUAACAUUCAGAACCAAGAGGCCACCGCUAUGGAAUGGUUCGACCUUACCUGUACAAGCGAUGACUGCUUUAAAUGGGGACAAGGAGGUCCAAAGGCUCGGUAGUUGAAUAAGAUAAUAUGUUAGGUAGUUGGUCACUACCUAUUUUCUCUGAUUCUCGUAGUUAGACUAGACAUAUCAUCUCACAUGGCCUUAAUUUAACUACGCGAUAAU